UGUUCAGCAUUUAAGUGGUGCAGGAUUCAGCUUGCAGAAUUUAGUUUUGAUUGCUUGAUACUAGUCGUUGCUUGUGAGCUGUGACUGCUAGCUGUGCCUCAAACGGAUACUCUCGUCGAUUAAUCAUGUCACAAAAAGAUGCAUCGGACAAUAUAUCUCGAACAAUAUAACAAUAUCUGAAGCCAGUGCAUUGAAUGAACGGCUUGAGAGAGGUGGAGAGCACUAUCUGUAAUUCAUAUAAAAUUCCAAAUGUUCUUGUAAAAGCUCUGAAAUAAUAUGCCCUGAGCCCUACAUUUACUUGUAGCUUUCCUCCCCUUUUAGAUGUACCUGGCGCUCACGAGAUGGCUGGCUAUUACCCUCGUGAGGAAGAGAGGAACACAGGAUACGCUGCCGUGAGAGAAACACAGGCUCUUAAUGCUUCCUAUGAGCGUUUUCUACGUACCGGGCAAAUUCAAUCCUAUGGUGCUGGACCUGUCGGGGGAUCUAUUAGGCCUGCUGCGGGGGCUAAUGCUGGUUACCAAGCUGAUGAUCGUCCAGUGGUGGCUGCUGGGGGUAUGGAUGGCAGGAAUGCUGGUUUUGGUGGCGGAAUUUCAGAACCUCCCCUUCCCCCAGAUGCCUCAAAUACUUUAUUCAUUGAAGGCAUCCCUACUGAUUGUGAACGCCGAGAAGUUUCUCAUAUCUUUCGACCAUUUGUUGGUUUUAAGGAGGUGAGGCUCGUAACCAAAGACCCAAGACAUCCUGGUGGUGAUCCAAUCGUGCUCUGCUUUGUUGAUUUUGCUAAUGCUGCUCAAGCAGCUGUUUCCAUGGAAGCUUUGCAAGGUUAUAAGUUUGAUGAACACGACCGGAAUUCACCUCACCUGCGGCUGCAGUUUGCACGUUUUACGGGUCCGAGGGGGCAAUCAGGACCUGGUGGUGGUGGUGGUGGUCGUGUUAGGCGUUAAGUUGUUGGCCAGGUCAUUUGUGAAUUUGCUCGGUCCAGACUUUUGUUGACCUAGCUGGAGGUUCUUGGUGCGCCGAUAACGUCAGCUAAUUUAGUCACCUUGUUUGGCUUGACCACAUCGGCUGUCGAUGUGCGAUGAUGAUAUUUUUCUUGUUGUACACCAGAUAUAUUUCUCCUCAUAGUAAUAGUGUUGUAGUGUUCCAACUUUGUUACCCUGGCCUUGCAAAAUGUUCUUUUUACAAAAUUAACUGGUUAAAGAUGGGAGACGAAAAGGUUGCAGCUGUAAGCUAUGUCUGAAUCAUGUGGAAUUGUAUGUACAUACUGUUUUUGUUGAUUAAUGCGUAUUGGGGUUGAGAAAUUC